CUUCCCAGUCCUCAACAGAACUGCCCACUGCUGACACCAUGUACUAUUAUGGCAGCUACUAUGGUGGCCUGGGCUGCGGCUAUGGCCGCCUAGGCUGUGGCUGUGGCUAUGGUGGCUAUGGCUAUGGUGGCUAUGGUGGCUAUGGUUAUGGCUGUUGCCGCCCCCUGUGCUGUAGAAGAUACUGGUCCUAUGGCUUCUACUGAGGAGUUUCCACAGCUUCUUAGCCUAUUGCCUACCACCUCUUAUUUUACUUUAUCUCCAUUGUCUUGUAUAAUGAUAAACUUUCAAAUGUCUUCAAAACCUCAACUAAAUACUAAACUACCUAAAGAAGCAAAUUUCAGCAUAUCACAUGAUAUGCUGAAUUGUAUGAUAGUUUAUAGAAAACUUUGCAUUACUUUUAUAAUACCAUGGAAAACGAUCAAAUUUCACUCUCAAUUUUUGUAUA